CUCCUCCUCCUCCUCCGUGUCUCUCCCACAUCUCUCCAUCACUCCGUGUGCUUCGCCUCUCCUCCUCUUCCUCGGGGUUUCCUCCUCAGACCCAGCACCAUGUUUCUGACGUGAGGUCGGUCGGUGUGUUUUCGGACCUGCUGGAUGCUGUGAGCGGCGGGAAGCGGAGCCAGACUCUCAUCCUUCACUGAGUGCCUUUGUUCGGAGCAGCAGCAGCAGCAGCAGCAGCAGCAGCAGCAGCAUGGAUCUGUCCUUCAUGGCCGCGCAGAUCCCAGUCAUGACUGGGGCCUUCAUGGACUCCUCACCCAACGACGACUACAGCGGCGAGCAUUCGCUCUUCAACUCUUCGGCGAGCGUCAACGCGGCGGCCUCGGCCGCCUCGGUGCACGGCCAGCCGGACGAGCAGCAGUCCAUGUCCAGCGACGCCAUCUGGCUGUGGAUCGCCAUCAUUGCGACUAUAGGGAACAUCGUGGUGGUGGGCGUCGUCUACGCCUGCACCUUCUGAUAGACGAGCUGCUCCAACUCUACAGUCAUCCAGACGGUUUUUAUGUGUGGAAACAUAACGAGGCUCUGCAGAACCAACAUCCUCCAUGUCUGAACUGACCUUCCUCUGCUUCUCACCGGGUUUGUUUAGCUGUUUUAGAUCCGCUGACGUUCCAGAGGUCUGAUACGUGACAGUGAUGUGUUGACCUCCAGCUUUCUUCGUUGAACAGGAAGGCUGGUUUUUCUCAACGAGUCUCUUUAGCUGAAGAUGUUUAUGUUUAAGAAGAUGGUUAUUAACUUUAUGUUUCUUUGUCCUGUUAGUUAUUUUACUUAAAUGUAUUUUGUGUGUUUUUUCCUGAAUAGCAGCUUUCUAGUUACUAGAAAAAGAU